AUGAAAUCCGGCCGCGCUGAAUUUCCCAGCAUUUGUCAAAUAUUUAAACAGGAAGAAGAAUGGAAGCAGUUAUUGGCCGACGAAAUUAAUUCUCUACAGCAGACCAUAAUUCAGAAGGAGGAGAAAAUAUCUGAGCAAACGGUUCAGUUGGACGAAUUGAAGCAGUCAUUUCUCUUUAAUUACGAUCUUCUCAAAUGCCGUGAUGCUGAGCUCUCUCAAUAUGAUCAAACUCUUUCGAGACUUCAGACCAUUCUUUCAAAACGUGAAGCGGAAAUCAGUGAGUUGCGGAUUUGCCUUGAUCAGACGAAGGAAGACUUAGUUAAGGGUCAGCAUGAUGCGGUAGACUGGAGAACUCGUUUUGAUGAACUGUCACGGCAAGCAGUGGCCAAGGAAGCGGAGAUGCGGCGGUCCGCCAAUUCAGCGCUUGCCCAAUUAGCUGAGUCAGAAGCGACGGAACGACGUCGUCUUACUGCAGAAGUUUCACGGUUACAAGCAGACCUUGAGGCAGAGCGGGUGCGAUCAGCCACCGAUCUCGAAGCAGCAUUAGCAGAAGCGUCGCGAAGGGCAUCGGAGGUGUCAGCAGAGGCAGAGCGAUCUCGAAUGGCAGCAGAGAUGCGAAUAACCGCUGCGGAGGAUGCGGCUUCCCGUGCAAGACAGGAUGCGAAACGCUUGAACCAAGAACUUCUCAUCGCUAACGAUUCUCUUGCCAGGUUAGAUUCGGAAAUGGCAGCAAAGAUUCAAGCUAUCCAGCAUGCAACGGAAACAAUUGGCGGAUUGAAGGAAGCUCUAGCAGAAGUGGAAAAGGCUAAGGCAGCUUGUGACCUGAAGCUCUCGCGACUGGAGUCGCGGCGUGAGCAGGAGAAGAAUGCAAUGAUGAAGGAUAUCGAGAUACUAAAGCAAGUGGAAGAAGAGUCAGAAAAGUCCCUGAAAAUGCAGGUCUACACGCUGAAUCGGGGUCUGUCAUCACUUCGGGAGGAGGCAGAAUCUGAGAACCGUCGCCUUUUAGACGCCGUCGCAUCAACGGAGAAGGUGGCAAAUCGAACCGCCGAGGCCCUGGACUCUGUUGAAGUGGAAAGGCAGUUAGCCAUUAAGGCGUCUAAGGCUCUGGAAAGUGAGAAUCGUCGUCUUCGUGCUGAUCUAAACCGCGCGCUUGCUCACGGCAAUGCUCUUGAAAAAAGCAAAGUUACUAUUGCGCAUGAGAGCGGGGGUACUCGUGAUCUGAUCGCAAAAAUAAUCUCCCUGCAGCUCUCCUGUAGUAGACUACAAGAUGAAAACCGAAUAUUGCGUCGACAAAGCGUAACAAUCUCCGAUGCGGUGGAACUGAGACGACAACUUGAUAGUGCUAACCAGCAGAUUGCAUGCCUGAGGGAGGAAAAUACCAAGCUGUUGCAUUUGAGCAAUAAGACAAGAGCCCGCCAAAUGCGGGAGGGAGAGUUCAUUGCUGUCCCUGCGGUAUCAUCUAGACGGUGGGUGGAGUCAACAAAGGGAAACUUGAAAAGAUGUAAUUCAGGAGAAUUGCCAGCGGAAGCGCUGGUGUGUGGGAAAAUGGGUCCUCGUGGUGGUAAUGAAACGUCUUCUAGUCUCUCCUCUGCGGACGAAGAAAAUAAUUUUCGGAAUUCAACAUUGUUGCCGCUACCACGAUCUAAUACUGAUAAAAACAACAACAGGAGAAGCGGACCUGAAAUGCAUCGUACCUGA